AUGGAGAAAGGUUUAAGGCAGAGGUGUCCGCUAUCCUCGUUUUUAUUCAAUAUGGUGGGGGAGGUAUUAAGUGGUAUGCUUAGGAAAGCUGAGGAUUUAGGUAUGUGUAAAGGUGUGGUGGUGGGGGAUAAUGGAAUGUCAGUCACUCAUCUUCAAUAUGCUGAUGAUACCAUCAUCUUUUGUGAGCCUAAGAUUGAGAAUAUGUCGAGGGUUAAACGGAUUCUUAGAUGCUUCCAAAGUGUUUCCGGACUAAGAAUCAAUUUCUCCAAGAGUCAUUUGAUUGGAAUUGAGGUUGAGCACAAUGUGGUUGAGAAUUGGGCAAGGAGAAUUUCUUGCCAUACAAGAGAAGUCCCCACCACUUAUUUGGGGCUGCCAUUAGGAGUUAAUCAUAAUUUCGUAAAAUGGGAGGGUGAUCACUGGAUCUGGGAUAUACAUCUCAGAAGACAACUAUUUGGAUGGGAGAUUGAGCAAUGGGAGUAUUUGGGAGAAGCCCUCAGUGAGUUCCAACUUAGCAAAGAAUUAACAGAUGAGUUGCAAGUAUGGGCAAAUCUAGCACCAUAUAGAGUGGAGGCUUUUGCAUGGCAGCUCCUCCAUGGUAAGAUUGCGGUGAAAGACGAACUUGAUAAGAGAAGCAUGUUUCUGGGGAAUGCAAUACAAUGUGUGCUCUGUAACAACGAAAGGGAAACAAUUCAACAUUUGUUCGUUGAUUAUUAUGAGACAUGGAAAGUUUGGAUGGCCUGGUGCAAGGCAUGGGGGGUUUCAUGGAGUUCACCUAAAGACAUAAGAACAUUUUUCGAAGCCUGGAAUGAUUGUCAGGUGGGUUCGAAAGACAAAAAAUUAUGGAAAUUGGCAUAUUUUGCAACUGUAUGGACAAUUUGGAAGUGCAAGAAUGAGGUGGUUUUCGAAGGAAGAGAGUGGGACAGUGAGCAAUGCUAUGUUCAGCAAGGUUGA